AUGUCCAUUGUUACUAUAUUUAACACUUCCGGUCUUCAAGGCGGGAAUUCCUUGGGAUCAUCGGGAAGAGGGUAUCCCCUGUUCCGGAAAAUACCGAUGGCUACCGAUAACCCACAUCCAAACAACCCAGGCUCUGGUGUAACAGAGAUGGACAACACGAGUUUACAUAGUUUAGAUCCACGUAAACAAGAAUUAUUAGAGGCCAGGUUUCUAGGUACUGGAAGUAGGUUUCAGCCGUUAAAUAAUUCCAGUACAUCUCAACCCAUGUAUGAUAAUAGCAGUAAUCUAAGUGCUGGAUCUGUCGAUCGAGAAGACGCUGUUUCUGAAGGUCAACUAGGUACACCUGAUAAAUGCCGUACACCAACGGAGAGAAAACGUAAACGAAAGAAUGCUCAAGAUGCUGGAGAGUUCGGAAGUGCCAGUAAAACUGGACGGGCUGAAACCAAUGGGAAAAAAAUUAAUGAAUAUUUUAAGCAAACCAACCAAUCUCCUAGUCGAACUAUUAUACCUGCAUCUGGAGCGAAAUCUCCGUCUCCUCAGGCCUUGUCUCAUACUGAUAUGACAGGGAAUCAGAUGAAAGCUUUAGAAUCACGAUCUGUAUCAGAUAUAGAACAGAAAGACAGUCGAAUUGAUGAUCUAGUAAGGGUAAGUAUACAUGGCACUCGAUUGGUUAGUUCUGCAUAG